AUGUGUUGGACUUCAAGAAUCAAUAUGCAUUCUGCACUGAUACACUACAGACCUUGGCCACAAUAUCAACAAAUGUUAUUAGAACAAUAUCCUUAUUAUCAAUUGGUAACCCACGAUAUGCAUUUACAAUAUUCUAUGAAUGAUCAUCAAGAAGAGAAUUAUGAACAGUCAAGAGAUGAAAUGCCAUCUGAAGCAUCAGAUGAUCAAAAUCAUAAUGCUGAUAUGUUUCGGUUAGCAUUUGCUGCAUCUUCGUGGUCAAAAUUGGUAUUGAACGCAGAGGGACUUUUUAAUAAAUUAAUGUCAACAAAUGCUUUACCAUCAAAUGAACAAAAUUUAUUGAAAAAUCAAAUCGAACAGUGGCUUUGUAUGAAACAAGAAUAUGAAGAGUGCAUUGUUGGUGAUGAGUCUGUUAGUUUACAUGGUUACACAGAAAAUACAAGAAGAUCUUUGGAAAGAAUUGAAGAAGUCACAGAAACCACUGAAACAGAUGAAAAAACAGAUGAAUCUAAUAAUUGGGCACGUAAACAGCUACAUGUCAGAAAUAAAAAUUGUUCAAGUUCUAGUUUGAAUACAAGUUCAAAAAGUGAAACAUAUGAGACAACACCAGAUGUAACUGAUGACAGUGAUGAAAGUGAUGUUGACUCAGAAAACUCAGAUUUUAUUGAUAAAUUAGAAGAAAGUAUGAAACAAUUUGAAAUUGAUACAGAUAAUGUUGUAAAUUCGAUGAAGAAUGGCACCCUAAAAUCAAAUGAUAUUUUCCCAGGAAUUUAUUGCUCAAAAUCUAAAAAUAGUAUAUCAGAAAAUGAUUUUAAUUCAAGAAGUAAUUCACCAGAACCGCAUUCAGUUUGUAAUAAUUUUAUAACAAGUGUAAAAUUAAGUUCCAUGAGUAAACAGUCAGCAAGGAGAGCAUCAAUUUUACCUAAUUCUGAAAUGAGUAUCGAAUUGGCUGAGUUUCAAAAGCGAAAUUGCCAGAAACAGCUAAAUAAUAAUAUUAAUCUUCAACAAAAUAAUAAUCAUGAUCUUAUAUCUUUCAAUUCUAAUAAGAAGACUGAAGCUUACCCAGAGAAUAACCAAAAUUGUGCAGAGACAUUAAAUAUAAAUGUAAAAUCUGAAAAUAUUAAAGUAGAAUCUAGUUUAGCGAUAGAUUGUCAACAUCUCAAUACUCUUAAAACUUUAAGAAUUGAUAUUAUAGAAAAGCAAUCAAAAGUGAAAAAAAUUCAGUUCAAUAUAGAUUUAUUGAGAAAACAAAUUGUAGAAUUGGAAAGUGCAAUUCAACGAAGAGAACUUUUUAUUGAAGAAAUAAAGCAAAACUCUGCUGCAAGAAAUACUGCUAAGCAAAAAUAUCGAGAGUGGCAAAGCAAAUAUGAAGAAAAAUAUCGCAAAUACGAAAAGCUACUCUAUUGUAAGAAAUCACAACGGAAUGUAGGUGAUAUUUGGUCCUAUCAGGAAGAAAUGGAUAAAUAUAAACAGUUGUUAAAACGAUAUGAAAAGAAGGUAAAAGAUAUUAAAAAUCUCAAACAAAUAGUUGAUAAUUCAGCGAAAACAUUGACUUUUUCUAAAGCUGCUGUUAAUAAAUUUAGAAAAGAAAUGGAAGUUUUAAAAUUACAAUUGAAUAAUGAAGAGAAGUAUAAAGAAGAACUUGGUAUUGAGAUAGCAGAAUGUCAAAAAAGAGUUAAACAACUUGAAGAUGUUUAUAAUCUUACACCAGCUAACUUAAAAAAAAUAUUAUCUGUAAGCGAGGAUGGAAAAAAUCAUAGAAUAAUAGUUAAAAGCGAUACGAAUGAGUGUUCAACAGAAACAAAUAUUAAAAGCUUUUGUGUCAAUGAUUCUAUAAGAGAAAAGUCAAAUUGCAAAAAUGAUGAUGACGUGGAUGAAAAAGAAAGUCUUAGAAAAGAAAUAAGAGAGCUGAGACAUAUUAGGGAUUUAUUGAUAAAAAUGCAAUGUGAUUUGUCGACUGUUAAAAUGACUCCCACUACUAAGAUUGAAAGGCAUGUACUGCAUGUAAGCGAAUACAUAGAAUGUAUCGAUGCAAUGAUGGAAGAGAAAAAUGUAAUGAUUUGUAGUAAAGCUGACCUAAAUCAGAAUAGAUCAAAUAAACUGGAUGAUAAUAUACCAGUAUUUAAUAGAUUAGAAAAAUUAUCACAUAAAGAGCUAGUUACAUUAAUUUAUAAAUACAUUUACAAAGUUGUUGACCUCAAGGAGAGCUCACAAGAAUUAGAGAUAAAUAAUGCUAAAAUGGAAGGUGAUUUUAAAAGUUUACAAAUGGAUUAUGAGAAAAAAUUGCUAGAUUUUCAAACAACUUAUGAAAAGCACAUAACAAUGUUACUUAGUUGUUACCCUGAUGAAAGUAGUAGUUCAGUUUGUGAAAGCAAGAUAGACAGAAGCAGGGAAAUCGCCCACUUAUUGAAAGAAAAUCAUUCUCUGAAACAAAGAAUAGCUAACUAUGAAUCAUUAAUUAAGUUUGAUAAAUCUGCAUUAACUCAGGCCAUUCAACCUCAUUCCAUUCGCAACACUAAGCCAGUAUUUAAGCCAUCACAUCAAUUGAUGCAUGCAGGACCAUCACAAAAAGCUACUGUUUUCCGUGAAGGAAAUAAAUUAGUUUUUCAAAAAUAGGCGAUAACUUCUAAUACUUAAAUGUAUUACAUCAAAAAACUUUGCAGUGACUGUUUUAUUUUGAAUGUAUAUUUAAUUUAUUUAUUACGUUAUGACAAAUUACACGCAAGAAAUGAUUAAUAAAACGUAAAGAACUAUAUAUAAAUAAAUUGUUAUUAAAUAAUUUUAAUAUCACAAAAAGUAGUAUUAUAAUAUAUAAUUCUAACUGAUAUUCAAGUCGAAAAAUUAAACGCUUAUUAAGAUACUAAUGGUCAUUGUCGUAACAAUAUGAAGUGAGAAUGAUCUUACAAUUUGUAUUGCUUAUAUUAGGUUGUAUUUUUUACUGAAUUACAAAGCGCUAGUGUUGAUUGAAGCACAAAUUUCUUCCAUAAAUAAUAUGCGUAAUUAAACAGUAUUAGCAUUAACUAAUUUUUCAUCUAAAUUUUUUUGUAAAUAUUUUGUUUGAAUAUACAUAUACUUCAAUCAUGUAUGAUAGAAUGAAGAGCCAUUUUACUUUUUAUAAAUUAUAGUUUGGUUUCUUUAUAAUAUAUAAUAAUUUACAAUUUAAGUGUAUGUAAAUAGCAAAAGUGUAAUAAUUAGAUUAUAAAUGCGAUCAACAAUAAAAUAACUUAUCAGUAAAUAUUUUACUGUACGUUCAG